UAUGUUUUUUUUUGUACAAAACAGUUUAGAUUUUACACAGAAUGGUAUGAAACACUUGAGUUUGCCAAAACAUCGCCUUGGCUUUUUUCCCCCCAAUUUUUAACUGUCCAGUUUCAGUGACUCUGUGCCCACUAUUGCCUGUUGUAUUCCUGAUUUGAGCUGACAGGACUGAGAUCUGAAGGUCUUCUGCUGUAGUAGCUCAUCCACGUCAAGGUUCGAUGUGUUGUGGGUUCUGAGGUGCUUUUCGGCUCGUCAUGUUUGUAAAGCGUGCUUAUUUGAGUUACCAUAACCUUCCUGUCAGCUCCAAUCAGUAUGACCAUUCUCCUCUGACCUUUCUCAUCAACAAGUUAUUUCAGCCCACAGAACUGCCCCUCUCUGAAGGGUUCUUGUUUGUUUGUUUAUUUAUUUGUUUGUUUUUGUUUAAACUCUAGAGAUUGUUGACUGUAGAUGAACAGUUUCUGAAAUACUCACUAACAACCCAGCCUUGGUUGAAGUCACAGAGAUCAUGUUUUCCCAGUUCUGAUGUUUGAUGUGAACAUAAAGCUUGUGACCUGUGAUCUGUAUGAUUUUACACAUGGCUCUGCUGCCAUAGGAUUGACUGACUGGAUAAAUUACAUGAAUGACCAGGUGCACAGGUGAAUGUAUAUGUAAGUAUUCUACAUGAUUGCAUUUAUCUCGUGUUUAAAGAUCUUAAAUAGACUUAAUUGUUUUCCCUUUGUACAUACACACAUCAUUCAUUAAUGAUUAAUUAUACUAAUCACUUUUAGCCCUAACGGAGUUCCGGAAGUGACGCAAUUUGGAACGCGUUGGACUUAACUGGAGAAAAGCUUCCUGUCCGUGAGUUUCUCAGUGUGUGUAUUUGUGUCUGUUGGAAGCGCGCGCGUGUCCGUGUUUCCGUGUUUUCAAAGCAAAAGCACGUGCGCGCGGCUCACUAUAAAACCCGAGGAGAGCGGCUCUUUACGCACACACACACACACACACACACGCGCCAAGAAGAACAUCUAUAAGGAAGAACAGAUUCCUGAAUCCGUCGCUGACAGCGUUUAUUUCUGUCUUUAUUUAUUUAUUUAUUUAUUUAUUUAUUUGAUUUCUUAUUGUUUAUCAUGGGUCUUGUUUUCUCCUCCAUCUUUUCACGUCUCAUAGAGAAGAAGCGGAUGAGAUUACUGAUGGUUGGUCUGGAUGCAGCCGGAAAGACUACUGUCCUCUACAAACUCAAACUGGGUGAAGUCGUCACAACGAUUCCAACUAUCGGCUUUAACGUUGAGACGGUUGAGUACAAGAACAUUUCCUUCACUGUGUGGGAUGUGGGAGGACAGAAUGUCAUUAGACCCCUCUGGAGACACUACUAUCAGAACACCAUGGGCCUCAUCUUUGUGGUGGACAGCAGCGAUCGUGAGCGCAUCCAGGAAGCUGCUUUGGAGCUGCAGAUGAUGCUUGAGGAAGAUGCGCUGAGAGACGCCGCUGUGUUGGUUCUUGCUAACAAACAGGAUUUGCCCAAUGCGAUGCCGGUCCACGAGAUGACCGGGAGACUCAGGUUGCACGCACUGAAAGGAAGACCGUGGUACGUCCAGUCAACUUGUGCAACAAAAGGAACGGGUUUAUAUGAAGGACUAGACUGGCUUUCAGAUCAGCUCUCCAAACGAUAAAAUAUGAUUGAUUGCACUAAGUGAAAUGAUUUGAAAACUAUUUUACUGUAUUUAAAUCUGUCAAUAAUGUUAUGCAUAUUAUGAUAAUGUAAUGUAUGACCUUUUCUUUUUCUUACAUCUUAGAAUAUUUUUUGUUGUAUUGUUUGUUCUUGGGUUUGACUUUACAAAAGGCUGUUUACUACAAAUAUGGAAUAUAAAUAUGGAAAUAAAAAUAUCUAUUUUUU